CACUCUUGGUUGCUGAUUGGCUAGCGGGCAGCAGGGCGGUGUUUCCUGUUCCUGUGGGCUCUGACCUCGGUAGCGCAGUGUCGGUCCGUCCAUUGCAGCCAUGGUGGCGUACUGGAGGCAGGCCGGGCUCAGCUACAUCCGCUACUCCCAGAUCUGCGCUCAGGUUGUCAGAGCGGCCAUGAAGCCUCAGUACAAAGCUGAGGCCGAGAGGGCGGCGACGGCGUCCGUGAAAACAGUGAAGGUCAAGAAGGAAUAACGGGAGGAACCGGCGGAGGGAACUGCUCUGGAUGCUGAACAGCAGAGUGCAGGCUGCAGGCAAGCUCAAGGCUGCAGUAUAACAUCAAUGUUAACUGUAAAGUUUGCCCUUGUAUAUAAAUCAGCAUGUGAAUAAACUUCAUUGCUGAAUAAACAAA